AUUUAGCGCUAGCCUAGUUUCGCGAUUUUAUCUAACCAUCUUGUUUCGAGGCAAAGGGUCGACGUUUUAUAUAAAUGUGAACACUUCAAGAUGUUACCACGGGUGUAUUCGCCAGAGACUGUAAAAGUGUACUUGAAAAGGAUAAAACAAGCGCAGACGAGUGAACUAAACUUGAAUAGCAUUCUCGACCAAGAAACCAGGGCGCUAAUAUCGACACACAGAGAAGCACUGUGCUGUUCGGCGGAGCUAAUUCUCUUCCCUUUAUUGACCGCCGUAGCUGGCUGCAUGGGAGCAGACGCUAGUAUCGUCGUAGACAAGGCUAAAGGAUGGACCGAGAGACCAAUCUUGUGGAUUUGCGUAGCGGGCAGACGUGGAGACAAAAAGUCGCCAGCGCUAUCAAGAAUUAAAGAGGCAGUGAUCGGGUUAGAAAAAGAAAUGUGUGCACUGCACAAAGCGCAGAAUAUUAGUAUUACCGGUGAUAAGGAAACAGCCACACGUCCACGUCUUUUGAUUGACGAGGAAAACCUACUAACGGUGGGCGAAACUUUGAAGAACAUUGAAACGCGGGAAAACAAAGUUAGUUUGAUUGGAAUGUUUGACAGUUUUGGGACCUUUCUUAGAGGAGUUGGUACUAUGAAGGACAGUCCAUUUUUGGAUCCUCAGAAUUUGUUGAAACUGUACAACCCCAGUGAUAUAUCUAGUCAAACUGAAAAUUCGAAAUCAUUCCAUCAUUCGAUUCAUUUUAACUUCAUUGGCAUGAUAACAGCUGUUGAUGCGGCAGGUUUGUUAGACAUGUUCGACGCAGACGGCCUCAGUGAUCGUCUGCUAGUGAUGUGUCCAAAAGACCCGGGAAUCAUUCAAACGGCGGGUGGCGAUGUGGACGGAAGCACGGAUUCAACGGGCACCAAACCGACACUGCAGAUGAUUUUGUCUGGAAUAAAGAAUUACCAUCAAGUCCAAAAGGUUGCAUACACUUUUCGCGAAGAUGGCAGAAAAGAAUUUAAUAGUUGCCUUGCUGAACUGGAUCUGUGGCAACAGAGGUAUACGAACGACGAAAGGCGUCGAGGAACUAUCGCCAAGACACCUGGACAGCUUGCCCGCCUCUCUGCCACCCUGACCGCUCUGAACAACGGAAUAGAGAUGUCUUCGAGCGGAGGGACAUCACACGUGUUGCCAUCGUCUUUGAUGACGGCAGACGUUGUCAAGUCUGCACAUCAGAUUCUGGUGCAUCUUGUUCAGCAAAAGAUGGCGCUUCUGCCCGACACGGAAGGUCUGACCGAGGACAGCGAGUGGGACGACUACAGAGUAGAAGUGAACGAUUCUUUCAUAGACUCCCAUAGAGUGUUCAACAUACCAGCAGCUGGGCCACAGUCGACAGAGCACAUUGGUAACACUCGGCUUUCCAAUGACAACACUCCCAGUGUAAGACGUGCGAGAUCGUCUUUAAAACAAAAUUUAGGAAGAAAUAAAACAAUGAGUGAUGAAAGAUAUGCCCAGUUUUCCAACGCAUGUGAUAGAUAUGCAAAUAUUCCGGUGUCCACUUCGUUUGAGUCUGAUGGUGGAUCGACAGUGUAUUGCGGACAAGGUCUUUCCAAGCGCCAUCAUGUUCCGGGUGUUCACGAAGUGGUUGUACAAAAAAAGCAAUGUCAAGAAACUGUGCAUUCCAAUCAAAGUGAUAUGAAGCUUCCCCUGGAAGAGAAAUCUGUAUCUCUUGAAGCUUUCUGCAGUCAGAAUUCCUCUGCAGAGGUGAUGAUUCUUACCGAGGACAACGAAAUAGCGUCGGUCCCUGAUACAAGAAAGAGGCGUAAUGUCUCCAACGACCGUAAGAUCAUCAUGAGUGACAAUAACAGUACGGAAAUGGACGAAGUGUCGCAAUCACCUAAAAGCGAGACUCCUUCAGUGUCCGAGGAUGCAGCCUCUGGUUCUGCCCCGCAUAGUCAGGCUAUGACAGUGCAAGACUGUCAGGAUCAAAAAGGUCUUGUGACAUAUGAACAGUUAUCUAAUGGUGGAAGCAUAGACCGCAGUUUGUUUCUGCAUGGGGUUUUCCAGAUUAAGACUCCGGCCAAGGAUAUUUCCGAACUGUCUGAUGACGAACUGGUAGAUUACUGCGCGCGCAAGAUGAGGAAGCUUUUGCUGUUGCCAGGGAUGGUGGUUGGUGCUGCGACCAUCUGUCAAAAACGACUGUUUCCGCCAGUUCCAAAAGAAAUGCGUUUGGAGCAUCCAAGGACGACCCAUCCCGUGUGGGCGGCUAUCGAGUACCUCAAACGAUUGACUAAACUUGACCUGGGCGAGUUGGUACACCCCAUUUACAGAUUCCAGUCUAUAUACUUUCGGAAGAUCAGGCUGGAGUACAUGACACCGAGGGCCAAGGGAUAUCUAAAGAAGCUGUUCGUGACGGACGAAGAAUACGAACAGUCGUAUCCCAAGUUCGAUGACAGCUACUGCUCUUCGUUCACUCUAGUCGAAGAUGACAUUACAAUUAACAAAACGCCUGGCAAAUGUUUGACCUACAUCUACAACGUAACAGAGUGACACUAAAAGGGUGUAUCAAGCUUAUAUACUGAAUAUUUUAGGAAGGGGUGGCGCGUGGUUUUUGAGUCUUCAAGGCGUACGAGGCAAAAGGAUGGGAGGUGGAUGUGGGGACGGUGUUUGAGGACAUAGGUGCAAAACUGACAAUCUUUAUGUAGUGAAACCUGUUUUGUCAAAAGGCACGCAUUCUUGCCCCCCCCCCCCCCCCCCCCCCCACACACCUCCCAUAUAAUCAUCUAACCCCGUAUAUGUGUUCGAGUGACUACUAAAGGCUGUUUAUGAGGAUCUUGGGGAUCUCUCGUGUUUCGGUUUGUAUUAAAGGGACAUUUCUAAGUUCGCUGCAUUGUAAGAUGUUGUUGACUGAUAAAAUAGUUCUACGAUUAAACUUACAUAUUAAAUAUAUUUUCUUGUUUAGAAUAUCUGUCUGUAUAU